AAGACCAUCAAGACGAUGAAAUUGGCGUUGUUGGUUGGACACUUCCACACUUCAACCUCAUCGAUCUUCUCAUCGCUGACGUCAGUGAUGUGACAAAACAGCUUUGGGACUCAAAUCUUCGCGCUGGAUCUUUUGGGUUCCAAACCUUCCGAAAGCAACACAACCACAAAACCAUCCCCACAAACACGCUCUGACCUCCAAAGCGCACAACCCAGGCCGUCCAAAGAGAGAUAAACGAAGAGAGAGAAAACCAUGGACUCGACUACUCCUACGGCUGAUUCUUCUGCCCCCUCAGCAGCACCUGCAGUAGCCCCAGCCCCAUCCAAGCAAACGGGAAUUGACAUUCAACAAGCCCUGGACAUUUUGUCGGACCGUUCACCGCACGAUCACUCCGGUUGUCACGCUCAUCAGACGGACCAACUCAAGUCCAUGGGUCAAACCAUUGAUCUCAAUAAUAAUUCGACAAGCGAACAAAACAACAACAACAACAAUGAAAAUGAUGAUCCCGACCAAAAGCAACAACAAGAACUGGAGGAUUUGGAGCAGCGACGAAAGGAACGAGCCGCUCAGUUACAAGAAGAAUUGAAAUCCAUGACGGUCAAGGAAUUACUACAGACAGUGCUCGAGACUCAACAGCAACGAGUCGCCACGUAUCAAGGAUACAAUCAAAGCCUCACCCAAGUGCUACAAAGUGCCAAUAUGACGGCCUACAUGAGCAGUUGCGCCCAUACCACGGCGGCAUUUGCCGUCCUCAGCGACACGAUAAGGGCCGUUCGACAAGCACUUCCUCCAAAAUUAGCCAAAUUAAUCACCAAUCUACAACAACACGAACAACAAAAAUUGCAUCUCACGGCGGCGUGGCAUUUGGAACGCAUUCGAGAACGAAAUGAAAACAUGAUACACGACACUAAUAGUGGGGACAAGAGAAUUGCCAAGUUGCUCAACCAAGGAGUCCAAUCGUUGCAGCAGCAACUCCAGGAAUGUGUGGAAGAAAUCAAUGAAUGUAUAGAAGAAAUUCGAUAUGCCAUGAUGGAAGAAGAAGACAAUGAACAAGAAUAAAGAAAACAUUGUAAUCUACAACUUGCCCUCUACUAGUAGUACUUGAGCCAAAAUGUAUGUAGUCCCUCGUGCCUGACAGAACACAGCCACGUUUCGGCAAGCAUGACGCAUGUAGCUUAGUGUGCGUUCUACAAAGUAGCUAGUAGCUAGCUAGCUCUAUAAACGUAAAGAAGUUGAACAAGCCAUCAAAGAU